CUUUCACACAUAGAGGUGGUGUGUUUUCCCUUUGCCAAAAUUGCUGCAAAUUUUUGCGGCCUUUAAACUUCCUCUGUGAUUCCCUGUAAUCAUAUAAGGAUCAAAUUCCUGAUUCCAUAUUUGUACCUUCCUUUUAGCCUUUUCACUUUCUCUCUCUAUCUUUGUUUCUCUCUCUAACACACGCAGAGAGUCUUUUGUACAUGCAUCCAUGUGUGCUGAAAAAACUGGGAAUUUCAUAGCUUGUAAUGUUGUUUUCAGUUCUCUUUGAAAAAGAUAAAGCUUUGAGCAAUUUGGGUUUUGGGUUUGGAUUCAUGUUUAUUGGUACUUCAUUGUAUACUUCAAGUUCAAGAACUGUUAGUUAUAGCUCAAAAGGCAUCUGGGUUUUUGAUAUUAAUGGUUUUUGAUUCAGUUUCUGCUAUUACCCCUGAUUUCCCUAACGUAUUUUGGGUAAACCCAUCUCCUUCUCCAUGUAAAAGUAAUGGCAAUUCGUUGGUGACGAGGAGGAGGAGUAGGGGGAAAUUGGGUUUGGAUUCGAGUUGGAGGUAUAGGAUUCGUGCGAAAUGGGCAAUUCGAGCUUGUGUGAAUGGUGGAGACCACCAUAAUUUUGACAUGCAGAUUACGAAUAGUGCUAGAAGAGGAGCUAGAAAUAUUGUAGUUAAGAGAUUUGCUGAUGAAUUGGAUGCUUAUGGAAGAGUCUCUGAGGAAUUAGAAGCUGCUAGUCGUUCUAGUAACAAUUUUGCUAGUUUUCAAGAAGACCCUUUUGUAGAUAAGCUAAGGACUCAAUUGGGGGUGAUGCAUCCAUUACCUUCACCUCCAAUAAAUCGAAAUAUUUUCGGUCUUUUUGCAUUGUUUUUCUUUGUUGGUAUUGUUUUUGAUAAGGUUUGGACAUCUAGAAAGAGUAAUGCUAAGUCAAACAAUGGAGGAAACUCCGGGAUAUGGUCACAGGUCCCAGCAAACCUUUCUUCAUUGUUGGAGAAGGAUUUGCAAAGGAAAGAGUCAGUGGAGUGGGUAAACAUGGUGUUAGGGAAGUUGUGGAAGGUCUAUAAACCUAGGAUUGAGAAUUGGAUCAUUGGUUUGCUUCAGCCUGUCAUUGAUAAUCUCAAAAAGCCUGAUUAUGUUCAGAGAGUUGAGAUAAAGCAAUUCUCACUGGGGGAUGAGCCUCUCUCUGUUAGGAGCGUGGAGCGGAAAACUUCUCGUGGAGUCAAUGAUUUGCAGUAUCAGAUAGGUCUCCGAUACACUGGUGGUGCUCGCAUGCUGUUAAUGCUGUCACUAAAAUUUGGAGUCAUCCCCAUUUCUGUGCCAGUCGGUGUUCGGAACUUUGACAUUGAUGGUGAACUCUGGGUCAAGUUACGAUUAAUACAAACAGAGCCUUGGAUUGGAGCUGUUUCUUGGGCUUUUGUUUCCCUUCCCAAGAUAAAGCUUGACUUGUCACCAUUCCGUUUGUUCAACCUAAUGGCAAUUCCUGUUCUAUCAAUGUUUUUGAAGAAACUUCUUACUGAGGAUUUACCUCGUCUCUUUGUUCGUCCGAAAAAAAUUGUGUUGGAUUUUCAGAAAGGGAAAACAGUCGGCCCUAUUCCAAGUGAUCCUAAGUCUGGUCAAAGUGAACAACUUAAGACUGGAGAAAUGCAAGAAGGAAAUAAUGACUUUGCUGGAGAACUAUCAGUGACUCUUGUUGAUGCAAGGAAACUCUCUUAUAUCAUCUAUGGAAAAACUGAUCCAUAUGUUAAUCUAAGACUUGGAGAUCAAGUAAUACGCAGCAAAAGAAACAGUCAAACUACUGUUAUUGGACCUCCUGGAGAGCCUAUAUGGAAUCAGGAUUUUCACAUGUUUGUCACAAACCCCAGGGGACAAAAGCUAUAUAUAGAAGCAAAGGAUUCCUUUGGUUUUACAGAUUUGACUAUUGGCUCAGGGGAGGUUGAUCUGGUAUCUCUCGAAGAUACUGUACCGACAGACAAAAUUGUGAUCCUCCGAGGUUGGGGACUACUGGGACCAAGGCCUGUAGGAGAGAUUUUACUGCGACUGACAUAUAAAGCUUACGUCGAAGAUGAGGAGGACGAAAGGAUUGAAGCAAGAUCCAAGUAUUUGGAUGCUUCAGAUGAUGAAUCAUCUGACUUGGAUGAACGAGAUACUGCUGUGUAUGAGCAGCGUAGUGGAACAGAUAAAGAAUCAUUUAUGGAUUUAUUAGCAGCAUUAAUUGUCAGCGAGGAAUUCCAAGGGAUCGUGGCAUCUGAAACAGGCAAUACUAAAUCUGUAGAUGAUUUUAAAACUAGAGUGUCAACAUCAAGACAACGUACUCCUUCUAGGUCUGUACAGCAAACUUCUGAUACUGUUCCUGAAAACUUUGGAGAAUCACCCCUGUUUUGGCUAGCGAUUAUUACAAGUAUCUCAGUUCUAAUUGCUCUCAACGUCAGUGGUUCUAGCAUUUUCAAUCCAUGAAUAAUGAAACAAAAUAAGAUUGAUAGCUCCUGGUAAAGAAUACAAUAUAGAGUUCCUGCUGGAAUUAUUCUGUCAAACCACACAUAGUUGUCACCACUCUGAGAUUGCCCGAACGGAAACCUUAUCAAAGUCCUUACCUUCUGCCGGUCUUCCAUUCGAGGCUGGGCAACUGCUUCCUCCAUUAUCUGUAAACUAUUGUACACUCUUUAACAUUUUAACCAGAUCAACAACUCAAACCCUCCCCCCUCCCCUACCCCACAACUCCAAUAGCAAAUGAUAGGAAUCCCCAGACACAAAAAAGAGAAGAGAACAACAAAAAAUAUGUUACAAUGAGGUAUGUAUAUAUUGGCGGCAGAUUUUGGCCAUCCUUGUUCUCUUGGUAUUUGUUACAUCCCGUGAAUUCUAAGUCUCUCUCUCCGUGUGUGUAUGUGUGUGCGCGUGUAUGCCAACUGUCGUAGCUAUAGCAGCACAAUGAGGUUUUUGACAUUCAAUCGCGAGGGUGUACUAAGCCGUUGAAACUAGUGAAAUACACCUUUCUUUUUCUUCA